AUGAAUACAGAAGCGCAGAGGCUCAUCACUGUGUCUUUAGGGAAAAUACAGGCCUCGCGCUCCCAGCGAGGUGGUAUAAACUUACAUAAAAACCUACUCGUGGCAUGUGUGCUUCACAAAGCCAGAACGGCUUAUAUGAUGGAUAAUUUACAAACUAUGCUGAUGAACAGGAGGGCGCAAUCGGAAUCUAAACCCGUGGAAUCAUCAGCAGUUGCACAGAUAAGUACAAACGAUUCUUCUCCAUGUAGCACAAACACAACUAGCGUGGUUGUACGAGCCAGCCAUGACGCGACCAAGAGGUCACGCGAGGAAACAGAGCAGGUCACUGAAGCGUGCCCCGACCAGAACAAAGAAAACUCUCCACCUAAACGCUUGAGGAUUGAAUCAAGUGAUAACUCUGAACAAAAACUGUCUCUAGAUUCAUCAUGCUCAAAAUCUAAAACUUCGGAUAUGAAGAAACCUUGUAGUUUGAUGACCGUGUGUGCGAGCAACAAUCCCGUGACCCCAAUAAGUCAAUGUACGGAACAACCAAAGGUCACAGCUGCUUACGUCAACAGCCAGUCAUGUGUGGGAUGUGUAAAACGUAGGCGUUUCAGCACGGACUCAACGGAGGAAACGCACGAGGGCGUUAAACGGCCUCGUAUCGAAAGGGUCAUCGAUUCCAGUGAUGACGCAACAGACUCUGAUAAUGUGUUUCUGCCCGAUCCCCCGAGGGAGUCCCGGGGCGAGGACUUGGAAUCUAGUAGACAACAACAGGACAAUAUACACACUGUGGUACAGCAUUUGCAACCCGAAUCCAUUCAAAUCACGAAUCUUGUAACUAUUUUCAACACGGGAUUCGGAGGACUUUGUGAAAAGAAUUUAUCGGACAAUGUUGAACAAGUGGACUGCAAUAACAAUGACAAUUCCAAGGAUAAGCUCGACACAGUUACCUAUUAUAAUAAUGUGCACGGACACAAAUUCUCAGUGUUGGACAGUUGUAGUACACAGAUGAUCGACUCAACAAAGGUUGAUUCGGUUCCCAUGCCAACGGCCAUUGCUGUGUAG